UUCCGCCCAGGGGAAUAAUUGGGUCCAAUCUAGGACCUCGGUCAGUAGUAAAACUGUAACCAGGUAUCGGCGGUAUGUAAAAACGUGCAAACGUAAAUUGAAUCAAGUUGGAUGUAUUCUCGGCGCAUGUUACGCGUGUAUGAUAUCAUAAAUCGGUCGACUUACAAAUAAGGAGGACACUGCUACAUAAUAUCAUGAAUUCCGAAACUGAAAUGUUUAUCAUUUUUAACAAUCGUCCCCCCUCUUAUUAUCUUCGAUGAUACUCUGACGAAGGUUCGAAAAUUGUUCGAUCGCGUUGCGUCUCGAUACAUGGAUAGACAACAGAUAGUACAAGAAUUUUCACUUGACAAUUUUAAAAACGUUCGACAAGAUUAACAUGUUGGGUUAUUAAUCAGGAAAAAUGAACGAGCAAAUGAUCGACCGGAUAAUAUCGGCCUUGUGUCUAUAUAUCGUGUAUAACUUCACGCUUGAACACCACAUUUAAUUGUUCUCAUCUCGAUACCGGUGGUAUAUAUAUAUCUGAUAAACGUUUCUCGUUUUCAUUUUCAGACUAGGUUGAAGUUAAAAUUAAAAAAGUUCAAAUGCGCGAUGAAAAUGUCCACCACGUUCUACUGUGUAAAUAAAUCGUGGAAUAAUUACGCGCAAUGAUCAACGUAUCGAGGACAGAUGAUGUGAUAACGACGAUGAUAUAAGAAAUGGAGUGCGCCGGCGAUUCUGGGGGCCGAAAAUGGGGCCAAUCCCCUAUCGAUAUCGACGAACGGAACUUGAUCAAGAUAAAAUUCCCCGCCCUUAUCAUGAGCGGCCAUUGGAACAACGACGGUGAGGCAAAAAUGCGAAACAUCGGGACCACAGUUCGAGUGACGUUGGAGGGAAACAGGAGUCCAGCAACGAUUCAAGGAGGUCCUCUGGCGACCGAUACAUACGAGCUUUCCGAAGUUGUGUUCAGAUGGGGCCCGUCCAACUGCAAAGGUGCCGAGCACACGUUGAACGGCACCUGGUUCACGAUGGAGGCGCAAGCGAUACAUUUUAACAAAAGAUACGAAACGAUCGAGAGAUGUUGGCGCGAGAACGACGGCCUCGCGAUAUGCUCGUAUUUCCUGCAAGCUUAUCAAAUCCCCACCUGGGACGAGCACCCGUCCUUCUCCAAGAUCACCGACGAUCUGUACAAAAUCACCCAAUAUAACUCGUACGCAAAGAUACCGGCAAGUACGUUAAGAAUUUCCCCCCCCUUUUUUUUUUCUUUCUCCCUUUUCACGUUCGAAAAAUAUUAUACGAGGGAAAGGAGAGAGGGAGGGGGGAAGCGGGACGAUAAUUUCUCUCAAUUCUCGACGAUUUUCGGAUUGGAAAAAUUUUGGAUUUUCAACUUUAUCAAUCUUCUUAUGCAUCGUAGAUUGUUUGAGCUGGAUGAGACAAGCUUGCCAAACGCCCGGUUAUUACAGUUACUUGGGCUCGCUCACCACGUUCCCGCAUUACGAAUGCGCUACCUGGAUCGUUUUCCCGGAACCAGUCAGAAUUUCGGAGAAUCAAGCGGACUUGUUUCGCAUGUUGCGUAACAAAGAGGGCCGCUGCAUAAGAGAUAAUUAUCGCGAGGUGCAAAAAUUAAAUGGUCGUAUGGUUUAUUAUGUGAAUUAAGUUAUCUCUGUAUCGAAUCGAAAAGUAUUAUAAAGUAUAUUAUUGAUAUUUAUAUUGAACGUCGUGCAUGUGUAUGUUUAAUAAAAAUCUAACGUAUAAUUCA